AUGAAGACUACGGUACUCAUCCUAAUAUCACUAUUCUCAAAAAUUCCAAUUUCGGAAUCCAACAUUUCGGAUGGACGUCCUCCACCAUGCCAACUACCUCCAUUCACUAAUUUAUUACCAUUAAACUCAAGAAGAGAAUUGCGAAAAAUUUGGGCAGGAUUUCAUUCAACGACAGGAGCGAAAAAGUGUGAACGACAACUUGCACAAACCAAAGAGCUCAUCGCCGGUCUCGCGGAAGACAUGAAAUUGAAAAUUCUGGAUUGGGACCGUCCGAACACUUCUUCUGGAGGCAUCGAAGAGCGAAGAGGGACCAACUUUUUGGCGGGACUCUCGGAAGAGCAAACGAAAACUUAUUCGGGAAUCAUGUCCAAUCGAUCGAUCACCCAUGAAAUGCGAUAUGAUCUACUCAGAAAUUGGGCAUCUGAAAAUUUGGAUCUCGAUGCUAUAAAUCAAGUCGAACAGUUCAUCUCCUUCCAGCAACGCAAAAAUAAGAGUUUCAAGGAAAAAGUCGACAAACUAUCCUCCGAAGCUAGAAUCGCUCACGAUCGUCUAGAAUCUCUGCGUCUCCUAAAACAAGACGUCUAUAGUAACCUCUCGGAAACCGCGAGAAAAGAAUUGGCUGAGCGAAAUGCCCACGUGGCAGUAUAUAUGAAGCUAGCGAUUUGGAUGCCGAAGAAAUUCAGUUGGCUUGUUCUGUUGGUCGGUGUCUGUCUGCGUGUCUAG